GUGGUCGUUGUGGUGGUGGUGGUUGUUGUGGUUGUUGUGGUUGUGGUUGUUGUGGUUGUGGUUGUUGUUGUGGUUGUGGUGGUUGUUGGGGUGCUUGCCCCAUGCACCGCUCCCACCCGUCCAUGCUGCCAUCCAGCAGUCGCCUGCUGCAGAAGCGAUGGGAUGAGACAAAUUACGGCGAGCACAGGCGGAAGGUCCUUUCUGCCAAGCCCGUGGUGGACACCAGCUCUCCCAGGACCUGCGGACAUCUCAACACGAGGAGCAAGAAGAUGCAGGCGCAGGAGGAGCGCGUGGCUGCCAUUGAGCACGAGAACCGGGCCCUGCUGGGCCGCAUGGCCCACAUCGCCGGCACGGGCGGGCGGCUGGACCACCGCAACUCCUACGUCGCCCGCAGCCUGAACGGCGAGCAGCGAGGCCGUGAGUUGGAGCGUCUGGCGCGAGAGAACCAAGCACUGCUGAUGAGGCUGCAGAAGUCGAAGCCAUCGUACAGCGCCCAGCAGUGGGAGCAGCAGUGGCUUCGCUCGCAGCAGAUCACCAGCAACAUCAGCCGCUUCCCUCGCGGUGGUGGUGGCGGCGGUGGCGGUGGUGGGUGUGCGCAGAGCCUGGCACAAGCGCCGCGGUGA